AUGCAGUCGUUACUGCCGGUAGUGGCGUUAGUGCGGGAGAGGCCUGGAUGCGAGGCUGGCGGCGGCGGCUGCGGUGACGCGGAGGAUGGCUUCAGCAGCACCGCGGGCGGGGCCUGCUGGCUUUGCAGGCAACCGGCCGAUUACAACCUCGACGGGGAGUACCUUCUCUGCUUCUCUUGCAUGCGGCGGAUGAUUAUUUUGUGUGUGCUUCCCCGCGUUGCCACCCCGAGGCGGCGCAGGGACGACGCCCGCCUCAUUGCGGAGAUCCAGAAACUUCUGAAGAGCCACAGCGUCCCGCCCGCAACGGCACCCCGGGCGAGUGAGGGGAACUUUGCACGGGAGGCGGCGAGGCAGGGCAGGGACAGCUGCGACACCGUCUCCGUGGUGGACCCGCUGCAGGCCCACGCCGUUAUGUCUCGCAGCUCCGCCACGUGGCGCCGCACGCAGCAGGGCGGGGAGGCGGGAGGCUCGCGACCGCCCAACAGCGCCGCGCUCUGCGAGGACCCCUGCGGGGCGCGCCAGGUUCGCCGCGCGAGCCCCGUCGUGUGCCGCUUCUGCGGCGCAAACUGCCGUUUCGGGGAGGAGCGGGUGUCAAGGUGCAGGGGGACGAACUUUCUGCAUAUCCCCUGGACCUGCGACGCGUGCGGCGUCGUUAACGCAGUGGAAAGUGACAAGUGCUACGCUUGCGACGAACCCCUCGUGUGGGCCUGCCCACAGUGCACGGCGGAGCAGAGGAGUUGCCGCAGCGCCGAGGGGAUGCGCUGCUGCUGCGUCUGCAAUAAGUACAGCACCCCGCAGCAGGUCGUGGAGUCCUACCGUGCGAUGGCGGAGCGGCGGGGCGGGGCGGAGGCGGGUCCGGGCGUGGAGUUUGGCGUCAAUGACGCCGAGACGAUCGCAGAGAAGAGGCGGCAGGAGGCGAUUGAAGAGGCGAAGGGGCGUCUCGCAGAGCGUGUGGCGCAGCUGGGGCUUCAGCGGGUGAAUGAGCAGGUGUCGGACGGCAACUGCCUCUUCCGCUGCCUGGCGAACCAGCUCUUUGGGUCCCCCGGGGACCACGCGCUGCUGCGCCGCCUCGUCGUGGAUUACAUGCGGCGGCGGGCCCAGGGCUACAGCGUCCUCUUCGACGGCGAGGCGGAGUGGCAGGAGUACCUGCGCGAGAUGCGGCGGGACGGCGUGUGGGGGGACGAGUUGUGCCUCAACGCGGCGGCGCGGUGCUUCCGUGUGAACAUUCACGUCAUCACGAGCGACGCGGCGCGCUGGCACCUGGUGUUCCAGCACGAGGAGCUGAGGGGCGCGCGCUCCGCCGUGGCCUCCCUCGCGGCGCAGCCGGCGACGCCCGAGAGGAACUCCAUCUGCCUCUUUCUUCUCUACAUUGCGCCGGUGCACUUCAACGACGUGGUGCUCCACCCCGCGGCGGCCAUUGACGUGCGGCGGUGCCUGGAAAAGUCCCUCCGCCACAUGCAGAGGGACGAAGACUCGCGGCAGGACGUGGGCGAAGAUGUCGCGGGGCCGCCGCCGCCGCCAGCCUCUCCCCCGCCGCACCAGAAGCGGUCCCGCUCCAAGCCAUUGGGGGAGGCAUGGGCCACACGCGGGGGCGGCUUAGCCUCGUCGCAGGCAAACCGCCACUAA